AUGCUAUUAAGUGGCCCAGACAUUGUCUCCCUUAUCAUUUAUUUCUCUGCACUUUUUGGCACCGUGGCAAACUUGGUUCUUAUUUUUGCCUUUGUUAGCAAUGCCAUCAAAAACAGGGUCUUCCAGCCUUUGGACAGAAUCAUUGUGAACAUGGCGGUGGUCAACCUCCUGUUGUGUUUUUACAAGGAGAUCCCCGGGUUGCUUCUUUUCUUCAACGCCAAGGUUUUCGGGCCGUGGGGCUGCAAGAUUCUGCUUUAUUUUUAUCACACCUUGUGCCUGAUCAGCAUUUGGUCAGUGGAGAACUUGAGCUUCCUUCACCUCCUCAAAAUAAGGAGGCCUAGCCACCGCUGGUGGAAGUUCAUCCAUCGUCAUCAAGCCCAGUACGUUAACUGGUCACUCGCCAGCUGCUGGGUCAUCAGCAUCAUCUACCACAUCCCUUAUCUCCUGUACAUAGAGUCAAUAAAUGUUCGUAAUAAGAGCAACUCCAUGAUGACAAGCACCAACUGCAUUGGGCCAUCACAAAACAGACUGGUGAGGAUUCUGACUUACGUCACGGUGAGUGUGGACUUCUUGCUCAUCGUCCUUGUCAUUCUCUUGAAUGGCUUUACGAUUGACCUUAUCUGUAGACAUCGGAGGCAAGUGAGGGACUCGAUGGCCAUCAGCCGUGGCUGGAACAAGCAUACAGCCCAGGCCACAAAGAUACUGUUGUCUCUUCUAUCUCUCUAUGUCGUCUGUUGGAUUUCCAGUGACACGGUUUGGCUGCUGAUCGUCUCUGGGGUGAUGGAAAAUGAAUAUGAAGGCACCAUGCUCUCCGCUUCAUAUGGGAUUUUGUCCUCUAUUUACUACUCCGUCAGCUCGUGUAUUAUGGUCUUCGGCUACAGGCAAGUGAAGGACUAUUUAGUGGAGGCCGGUAACUGCUGCCGCCUUGCAGGGAUACCGACAACUGUGCAAAGUAUCCAGCAGCAGUAA